CCGGAGUCCUGCAGAGUGGGACACGGUUCCUGCCGUGCAUGACAUUUUGAUAGAGAACAUCGCUGCGUGGGACAUCGCCAGCUGUCCUGCCAUGCGAAUCCCGCGGGCAACACCCACCACCUGGCAGGACAGCCCCGGGGACACGUACCCGCCCCAGCUGCCGCUGCCCCCGCACCCCGAAGCUUUGCCGCGGCAGCUGUGCCGCUGCCCGACCGGGCAGGGCAGGGCCGGGCCGGCCGCCCCCCGCCCCCGCCGGGCGCCCGCCCAGCCCUGCUCCGCUCCGCAGCGCGCAGCGGUGGCGGGGCCCGCACGUCGGGGCGGCGCGGCGGUGGCCGGUGUGGCGGUGGCCGGUGUGGCGGUGGCCGGUGUGGCGGCGAUGGGCGGCACGGCGCUGUCGGGAGCGCUCUGGCUGGGGCUGCUGUGGGCCGGGAGCGGGGCCGGGGGCAGCUGCCAGGGAAAGUGCUGCCAGGGCCGGGAUGCCGCCUGCGUCGGCGAGGGAUGGAGGGAGGGAGGUGGCUACGGGACCUGCUACUGCGACGGAGGCUGCCGGCGAGCCGGGGACUGCUGCCACGACCACGGCCAGGCGUGCCCGGCUAUUCCCUGUGUUGUGGGGGAGUGGAGUCAUUGGAGUGGCUGUGCAGAACAAUGUCAUCCCGGGCUGCGGGUCCGUAGGCGCUACGUACAACAGGAACCUAAAAAUGGUGGGGAUCCGUGUCCAGCUCUGGAGGAGAAGGCUGGCUGCCUGGAAUACCUGACUUACCAGGGAGAGGACUGCGGCCAUGAACAUGUCCCUGCUUUCAUAACUACCUCUGAAUACGGUAAAGAAAGAAAAAGACGAGCAGCAUCUUCUCUCUGGCCUUCAGACAAAGAAGCAGCAGGAUACUGUGUGGAGUUCAGGACGGAAUCUCUUUCCCAGCACUGUGCUUUGGAGACGCGUCCGUACGCGCGCUGGAUGCAGUACCUGCGCGAGGGACACACCGUGUGCGUCGCCUGCCAGCCGCCGGCCAUGAGCACGGCCACGCAGCGCUGCUCCGGAGACGGCCACAACGCACACGGAGAUAAAAUCUUACACUGGGAAGCAAUUGGCAACUCUCAGUGCCAGGGAACCUGGAAGAAGAUCCGGCAACUGGAACACUGUUCCUGUCCCCUGGUGCAUAGUUUUAUUUUUACAUAAAAAGUUUAAAAGACCUUUAAAACUGCAACAAAAAGACUAAGAAAAUUAACACCAAUGCCAAGAAACCUAUGUAUUUCUGCUGCAUUUUCUGGAGCCUUAACAAAUUUUAAAUGAUUCAGGACUUUGGCAGAAUCAUUUCAGGAAAUUCUCUCUGCCUUAAUACAAAAUGCAAAGACUGAUCUCUGUCUUAGAACACUAGAAGCACAUUACCAUGUUUCUCUUUUGUAAUUAAACAGCUAAUGUUUCUAACCAUAGUAGAUGCUUUCCUUACGUUCUCCAUCUUUACUGGCCAUGGCCCUGUCUCCAGGCAAUGCUCCUACUCAGCAGUGAGCCAGCCAAAUAUUUUCAAGUCUGAGAAUAGUUACUGUCAACAUUUAAGAGAAAGGGUGAAUAAAAAUGAAGUUUUUGAAAGCUAAAA